UUUUACAGUCUUGUAAUGACGUCAUUUUUGUCUAUCCUUGUUUAACUAAUGUAAAAUGACAAUGACAAAAAAUUUUGCCGAAAUGUUGUUGUCGUGGCUAAAUUUUACCUGAAAUGCUUGUCAAGUGAUUGUCAGUUUUGAAGUUUUGAAAACGCCAAAGCGUCAAAACAUGCCGCCAAAAAACCCUCAUCGAUUUAACGAACAAACACAGUUAAUAAUUCUAAAUGUGUUGGCUUUCUUUCAAAUUGAACAGGAACAAGUUCGGAAUGGCAUACCACUAGACAUCAACAAUGUUAUACAGCGAACUGCACAAGCAACGAAAGUCAGCCCAACAACCAUUUCAAAUUUGAGAAAAAAUGGUGUAAAAUCCGACAAAGAUUACGCAUCUAAUGUCUCUACCAAGCAAAAGAUUAACAAGACGAAAAUCACAGAAUAUUUGAAGAAUAAAAUUCGGGAUACAAUCUAUUAUAUGUACUCCCAAAAGGAAUAUGUUACACUGGCAACUAUUAGACAAAAAUUUCUGGAGCAAAACGAAUAUUUUCAAUUUUCCAUUGAUUCAUUGAGAAAGUGGAUCAAAAGUAUGGGUUUUAAAUGGAAGAAGUCCAAUAACAGAAAAUAUCUUAUGGAUUUACCGGAUAUUGUCCACAAACGAAUAAAAUUCUUAAGGGAGUACAUUGAAAACAAAAAUUUGGGACAUGAGGGUUAUACUCCGGUUUUUAUGGAUGAAACCUGGAUAUUUAGUAAGGGAUCAUUUCGAAACAGCUGGCAAGAUGAUACUAAGCACACGGAAUCAAUUAAACCCAAUGAAGGUCAUCGAUACAUUAUUGUCCACGCUGGGACGAACGAUGGCUUUAUUGGUGGGGCAAGUUUGAUUUUUAAAAGUGGAAAAAAAAAACAGGGGACUAUCAUGAUAAUAUGAACAGGGGUAAUUUUGAAAAUUGGUUCAAGACUCAACUGGUGCCAAAUCUUCCUGAAAAAUCUUUAAUUAUUAUGGACAACGCAAGCUACCAUUCUGGCCUUUUAGAGAAAAUUCCCACCAAAUCAUGGACAAAACAAAGAAUGAUAGAAUGGUUAGGGGAAAAAAAUAUCGGCUAUCCAGAAAAGGCAAUGAAGGAUCAAAUAUG